AUGCCACUUUCGCACCGUCGCAUUCACUCCCCCUUACAUCCCCGCUCCCUGAGUCAAUCCCUUUCAUCCCCUCUCCCUUUCUUGGCUUCCCCCCUUCCCCCCGCGCCAACCCUCCCUUCCCCCCGCGCCAUACCCUCCCUUCCCCCCGCGCCAAACCCUCCCUUUUCCUCGCGCCAACCCUCAUUUUCCGCCACGCUAAUCUUCCCUUUCCCUACCGCCAACCCACCCUCUACCCCACUCCCACCCGCCCUUUUCACCGCUCCCACCCUCCCUUUCCCCCACGCUACCCCUCCCUUUCCCCCACGCUACCCCUCCCUUUCCCCCACGCUACCCCUCCCUUUCCCCCACGCUACCCCUCCCUUUUCCCCACGCUACCCCUCCCUUUCCCCCACGCUACCCCUCCCUUCCCAUUUGAGCCAGGUUACCGUCCCAUACGCUAACCCUCCCUUUUCCCCACACCACCCCUGCUUUUCCCCCACGCUAAUCCUCUCUUUCCGUCCCUACCACCCGCCCUUACCCCCACCGCCACCCGCCCUUUCCCCCACUCCCACCCGCCCUUUCCCCACUCCCCCUCGUCCUUUCCCCCACUCCUCCCUGCCCUUUCCCCCACUCCUCCCCGCCCUUUCCCCCACUCCCCCCCGUCCAAUCCCCCACCCCCACCCAUACUUUCCGCCACUCCCCCAGGUCCACACCUCCCUUUCGACCAUGCAUGCCCUCCGCUCCCCACACGCUCCCCACACGCUUCCCACACGCUUCCCCGUGCGGAGAGGGUGUUUUUGA